AUGGAUCCCAGUGGCAAAAAGCACUAUCAUAAGCAUGGCUAUGAUCCCCACAAAGUCAUGGCCACAUACUUCUCUCGGGAUACGAAACGCUGUUUCUUUCAGGAAUCCACGAUAAACAUCAUGACGGCUCUUCAUAAAGCAUUUUCUUCAGGUAUUGUUAAAGGAAAAUCCCUGGUUGACAUUAGCUUUGGACCCAUGAUAUUUCAACUUUUUGCAAUCUGUGAAUUCCUGGAAGAAAUUACAGUUCUAGAGUUCAAUGACCUUUGCAUCAAGGAACUGGAAAAAUGGCUAAAAAAAGAUCCAGAUGCCUAUGACUGGUCUCAUACCUUAGAAAUACUGACAGACUUAAAGGGAAGCAGGUUUGGCAUCACUUUUCCUUUCUGUUUACACAACUAUUCUCUCAAUGCAACACUAAUGUAUUAUGAGCCUGAUUUUGAUAAUGAAGAAUGGAAAGGAACAGAAGAUAUGGUGAGGAGCAAACUGAAACGUGUUGUGAAAUGUGACUUCGAAAAAACCAACCCUACAGAUCCCGUAGUUUUACCAAAAGUGGACUGUGCAAUCAGUAUAUGGGCGCUGGACAUUAUUAGUAAGGACAAGGCUACUUACCUCGAAAACUUGAAAAAAAUGUCAUCUCUCAUUAAACCAGGUGGAUAUCUCAUACUGUUUGGAGAUAUCAAUGCUUCCUAUUUUAAAAUCGACGGGCACAAGUAUCAUGUAUUAACUUACGAUGACAUAUUUUUGAAAACAACUCUAUGUGAUGAAGGUUAUAGCAUUGAUCACUAUGAGGACCUGGAGAAAAACACCACUGAGGAUCUUGUGGAUCAUGAGAAAAUUGUUUUUGUUGUUGCCCGUAAAGUAAAACAGGUUUAG